AUGGAGAUGUUCGAGUCAGCCAAUGACCGAGAAGAAUACUAUCACCUGUUGGCGGAGAAGAUUUACAAGAUUCAAAAAGACCUCCAAGACAAGAAAAACUCAAGGCUUCGUGCGGAUAGCGGAGCUAGUGCAGGAGGGGGCGGGCAGCAGCAGUCCGGAGGAAGUGUACCUGCCGGCCAGGCGCAACCAGCUCCAAACAGUGGAUACUCGGAAUCUGCUCCGGGUCCGUCUACGGGCACUACGGUAGCUGUUCCAACUACUUCAACAAAGGCCACUCCGGCUAUAAAAACAGAGUCCACUUCAUCUCCUAAGAAAGAAAUCGUGAAGAGGGAGCCUACGCCACCUCCCGGAGAGGAUACAAUCUUUGAUGCAAACGAGUUGCGACAUUAUUUACGACCUGUUUGGGAAAAGAUGGAUUGUUCCGAGGAUGCUGUACCCUUCCGUAUGCCAGUCGAUCCGGACUUACUACACAUUCCGGACUAUAACGAAAUAAUAAAACAUCCCAUGGAUUUGUCGACAAUUUGUAUGAAGUUAGAUAACGGUCGGUACAAGAAUCCAUGGGAGUUCUGUGAUGAUAUGUGGUUAAUGUUUGAUAACGCAUGGAUGUACAAUCGCAAGAAUAGUAAAGUGUACAAAUAUUGUACAAAGUUGAGCGAAAUGUUCGUGACGGAAAUGGAUCAAGUCAUGCAACAAAUGGGUUACUGUUGUUCGAGAAAGCUGUCAUUCACCCCGUUGGCUUUAUUCUGUUAUGGUGCAUCGAUGUGUACGAUAGCUCGGGAACAACCUUAUUGGGUGUAA